UCCUACCGCCUCGAAGUUGUGCAGCAACCAGAGCGUGCAGCCGAAUUCACACACCGACCCCUGUCGCGCCUGCCGGUUGCUCCUCCUCCAAUAGUGCAGCUCCAUAUUAGAGAUCAAGCCGGAAAUCCCGUCAAUGAGGACAUGGAGCUCCCUUUCCUAGUUGCUCACCUGACCCUGCUGUCCGAAGACGGAAAAACCGCAGUAGACUCUGUUCCGCCGCCGGAUGGGGAGGGCCCGUCGCUGAGGCUCCUGAACGGCACCCUUGUCUCCUCUCCACAUUAUCUGCGAAAUUUACAGGGUAAGCGUGGAAUAUACUUUUUGUUUCCAGACGUGAGUAUUCGAUGGAGAGGUCGAUAUUGUCUGGCCGUCCUUCUUGUGAGGUUGUCA